UUAGUUUCUCCCAGGGCAGCGGAGUGGAUAGGAGGGGCUGCGCUGCGCUGCACCGUGCAGCCACUCACCUCUGACUGAAUCCCAUUUCCACCUUUCAUCCUCCAGCUUGUCCCGCGCCAGGAUGGAUCCGAGUGGGUGCGCUCGGACCCGGUGAGGUGUCAAGAGGAAUGCGGUGGGACGGCGUAGCGCGGUCUGGGCGUCGGUGAUGUUUGAUGUGGUGACUGUGGAAACUGCCAACUCGUCGGAGAGUCGACAGCUCACUGGUGCGCUCUUGGAGAGGAGGAACGAACGUGUGGAUGGGAGCGAUUCCCCUGCAAAAACCGCUCCUUUGGCUGUUUUGGUCCAACGCGUUGAGGCGAUAAUUGUUUACGAGGGAAUCGGGACUGAUUGAUCAACUGAUUGCUUCAUUCUGACUGUGGACGAUUCAUGCGCUGAUAGCACAUACGAGGCCAAUAUGCCACAAUGGGUCCUCUACUCUUUUUAUCUCUCUGUGGACUUCUGCACACCCGCACCGACGGGUCCCGUCUUCGCCAGGAAGAUUUCCCCCCUCGCAUUCUUGAGCACCCUUCUGACCUUGUUGUGUCCAAAGGAGAACCAGCCACGCUCAACUGCAAAGCCGAAGGCCGUCCAACACCCACAGUGGAAUGGUACAAAGACGGGGAGCGUGUUGAGACAGAUCGGGAGAACCCUCGCUCCCACCGAAUGCUUCUCCCCAGCGGGUCCCUCUUCUUCCUGCGUAUUGUGCACGGGCGUCGCAGCAGGCCAGAUGAUGGCAUCUAUGUGUGCAUCGCACGAAACUAUCUGGGAGAGGCAGUAAGUCGGAAUGCAUCUCUGGAAGUUGCACUGUUACGGGAUGACUUCCGACAGAACCCACAGGAUGUGGUGGUGGCAGUCGGAGAGACUGCCAACUUCGAGUGUCAGCCUCCACGUGGGCAUCCUGAACCCACCACCUUCUGGAGGAAAGAUAAAACUCGUCUUGACCUCAAGGAUGACAGGAUCACGGUACGUGGCGGAAAACUCACCAUCUCGAAUACAAAAAAGGGUGAUUCAGGGAUUUAUGUGUGUGUGGCUUCCAACAUGGUCGGAGAGAGAGAAAGCGAUAAAGCUCAGCUCUCAGUAUUCGAAAGACCAACAUUUGUGCAGCGUCCUGUGAACCAGGUGGCUCUAGUUGAUGAGAGUGUUGAGUUCAGGUGUCAGGUUCAGGGUGACCCACCACCUGCGCUUCGUUGGAAAAAGGAGGAUGCAGAUAUUCCUCGUGGCAGGUAUGACAUCAGAUAUGAUAGAGAGGACUUCUUGCUAAGGAUAAAGAAAGCCUCGGUCAGUGAUCAGGGAACCUUUUUGUGCGUGGCAGAAAACCGAGUGGGCAAAGCCGAAGCCUCUGCCUACCUGACUAUCAGAGCUCGCCCUGUUGAGGCACCUCAGUUUGUGGUGCAACCUCGGGACCAGAUUGUGGCUCAAGGACGAACAGCAACCUUUCCCUGUGAGACAAAAGGCAAACCUCAGCCCACGGUAUUCUGGCAACGAGAGGGUAGCAAGGAUCUCCUGUUUCCCAACCAGCCAGCACAGGGUGAUGAUCGAGUGUCAGUGUCUGUGAAUGGGGAGCUGACCAUUUUAUCUGCACAACGCUCAGACGCUGGCUAUUACAUCUGCCAGGCCCUGACUGUGGCAGGAAGCAUCAUGGCCAAGGCCCAGCUGGAGGUAGCAGACGCCUCGAAGGAUCGCCCGCCGCCCAUCAUCCGACAGGGCCCGUCUAAUCAAACCCAGGCACUUGGAGGUGUGUCUGUGCUCCGGUGUCAGGCGUCAGGAGAUCCAGAACCCACAGUCACUUGGAGAAAGAAUGGAGCAAAUCUGCUGGGAAAAGAUGCACGUUUUUCAUUGCUGGAGCAUGGCAGCCUUCAGAUCCAGAAUACCAAGCUGUCUGAUUCGGGGUUGUACACCUGUGUAGCCACCAGCUCCAGUGGAGAAACAUCUUGGAGUGCCUACCUGGAUGUCAGAGACUCUACUGACCUUGUGGACUUCAUGUCUCACAACUCAAGCACCCUCCCGGGGCCACCCGCCAAGCCAGAGGUCACCGACGUUACCAAGAGCAGCAUCUCGUUGUCAUGGGAACAGGGGCCAGAGGGGGGCUCCCCAGUGUCCUCAUAUGUCAUCGAAGCUUUUGGUCAGUCAGUGAGUAACAGCUGGCAGACAGUUGCUGACCAUGUGAAGACCACCGAGUAUACGGUCAAGGAUCUGCGACCCAACACGGUUUACUUGUUCAUCCUAAGAGCAGUCAAUGCUCAGGGCCUGGGUGAUCCAAGCAUGAUGUCUGAGCCAGUUCGCACACAAGACAUUAGUCCCACAGUCCAAGGAGUAGAUCAUCGACGUGUGCAGAAGGAGCUGGGGGAUGUUGUGGUCAACAUGCACAACCCUGUGGUCCUUAGCUCCACCUCAGUGCAGGUCACAUGGACGGUGGAGAACCCAUCUCAGUUCAUUCAAGGCUACCGUGUUCUGUACCGGCAGACUUCGGGGCUGCCGUCCCCGGGGCCCUGGCAGCUCCAGGAUGUGAGGAUUGCCUUGGAGAGAGACGUGACUCUCUCCGGUCUGAAAAAAGGCAUCGUCUAUGAGAUUAAAGUACGGCCAUAUUUUAACGAGUUUCAGGGUGCAGACAGUGAAUCCAUGACAGCUCGCACCAUGGAGGAAGCGCCCAGUGCACCUCCGCAGCAAGUGACAGUGUUGACAGUGGGAAGUCAAAACAGCACAUCCAUCAGCGUGUCGUGGGACCCCCCUCCCUCCGACCAACAGAACGGCAUCAUCCAGGAGUACAAGAUCUGGUGUUUGGCCAACGACACCCGCUUUCACGUCAACAAGUCGGUGGACGCAACCAUCCGUUCAGUUGUCGUCCGGGGUCUGCAGACCGGAGUGCAGUACCACGUGGAGGUGGCUGCCAGCACCAGUGUAGGCGUGGGGGUGAAGAGUAAACCCCAGCUCAUCAUCCUGGGUGGAGAGCUGAAGGAUGUGAUGACAGGAUCGGAUGGAAACAGCAGCAUCUCAGAUGUGGUGAAGCAGCCAGCUUUUAUUGCUGGUUUGGGAGGAGCCUGUUGGAUUGUCCUCAUGGGCUUUAGUACUUGGCUCUACUGGAGGAGAAAAAAAAGGAAGGGACUCAGCAAUUAUGCAGUUCAGUCAUUCACCUUCACUCGAGCAGUCACAUUCCAAAGGGACAGAGGCCUGAUCCGAAACGGAAGCCGUCCAGGACUGUUGAAGGCGGGUGAUCCGGGCCUACCCUGGUUGGCUGAUUCCUGGCCUUCCACGAGCCUCCCAGCUAAUGGAGGCUUGGGGAGUCCAAAUGACGACAACAGCUUUGGCCGAGGAGAUGUUUUGCCGUCUGCAGCGGUGGAGAAAACGGGCACCAUGCUGUCUGAUGGGGCCAUCUACAGCAGUAUUGACUUCAUGGGGAAAGGAGGCUACAGUAGCCCAGCUCGGGGUCAGCCCACCCCCUACGCAACAACUCAGAUCCUCCAGUCCAACAGCUUCCACGAGCUGGCUGUGGACAGACCAGACCCUCGUUGGAAGGCUUCACUACAGGCCCAACAGGAAAUGGCAAACAUGGGCUACUCCCUAACAGAUAGACGUCCUGGUGGUGGAGCAAAAGUUGCUAAGAAAAAAAAGAUCAAGGGUGGAACAAAGAGCUCUAAAUCAAAUGGGACUUGUUGGGCCAACGUGCCCCUGCCUCCACCACCCAUGAACCCUCUCCCUGGAACUGAGGUUGACCUUGACUGUUAUCCUCAGGAAAACCAUAAAGGAAGUUGGGCCCCGUCCAUGUCCGUCCAGACCUACUGCCACCAGAACUUGGACAGUGAGGUAGAAGAGGAGAGAGGUCCCACUCCACCCCUGAGAGGAAGAUCCUCCUCACCAGCAGCUGCUCCCUUCAACCAGCCUGCAUCCUCCUCCCUCAGCUCUGCCCACCAUGAAGAAAUGCAAUCCAUUUUGCAGGCCCACUUAGACGAACUCACCAGAGCUUACCAAUAUGAAGUGGCCAAGCAGGCGUGGCACAUGAAGAGCAGUCCAAAUGUGUCCAGCACGCCGAUGGACUUUAUGUCUAGUACGUUGGGCUCUGAUUUGGGAGCCAGUCUCCUUUCUGAAGAAGAGGAGGAUGAGGACGAUGAGGAAGAUGGAAGAUAUGCUGUGGUGUCAAAGAACUUGUGUGGCUUUGAAUACACUCCUAGUCACAGUGUGGACAGCCUUGACAACUCAGGCAAAGACUUCCACCCCGGUCUCUCAGACAGCUUUGGUACAGCAGACCAAGGCCCACGUGGUACACACAGCCUUGGACACAAGAGGGCACCUCUCACUGGCCACAGCUCUCAGACAGAGAAGGUUGGAACUCUUCCCAGACGAAGAGAUACCAAAACAGAGUCCCAGACACCAGUCACGAAGACUCUCCAUGGCAUGGGUUCGCACGUCAACAGCUCAUGGGCAGCUGCAGCCUCAAACCCCUCAGAGGAGUGCAUGGUAACCGUGUCAACACUAGAGAGACAACAUAUGGCUUCCUGGAGUGGCACGGCAUCAUCGGGCAGGGCCACCCUCAGUAGGGGCUCCCACAAGAGACAUGGCACAGAUCUCUCCCACAACGGCCAUAUUUCCACUAAUGGCACAGACAACAGAGAGUACUAGUCUACAUGAAACUUCAGUCACUGCAGUGGCGGUCUCUCCCUGGACACCUUUGCUAUGAAAGCGCUCACAGAUUUUCUCUUUGCACGAAGGAUGUUUGGAAGAUGGAAAGGACUGAGACAGGAGGAAGAGGCGAAAGCGUGCGAAAUGAAAAGCUGAGCUGUAAAUGUCAUGUACAGACAGACACCUCCCUCACAGUGUUAUUUUCAUCCCCUUCUCUGAAAAGAGUAAACAAUAUGUUAUAUGUCCGCUUCUGUUUUCUGUCACAUGGUGUACAGUGGUUCACACAGUGGAGACGUGAAGAAAAACACAAAACGAAAAUGACUUGUUGAAAAAGGACUUGCAUAAUUUGUAAAUAUAUUUUUUAUUGUCCUUCUUUUGCUUUGCUAUGCAAGCCAAACCCAACGUUGUCUUUUUUGUGAUUUAUUACUGUGAAUCUUCUUUUUAUUUUGCAUUAAUGCUCAAACUGUUGGCUUAUUUUAAUGAAGCUACUGUAUCGUUGUAUUUUGCACAGAGCGUUUUCGUGAAAAUAAGCACAAACUCAUUGCCAGCUAAGCUGAGGAGUGAAAUCAUAAAGGCAAGGAGGGGGCACCUGCAUUAAGGCGAACAGAAUCAGAGAAUAUAUCGUUGUCUGUGCUGUAAUUGCUUUUGAGAAAUGCUGAGUGUUACGAGGAGGGAACAAAUGCUAAUAGACAGUUGGAACUAAUAUGCCAAAAAUAACUGAUGGUGUGUUAUAUUUAUUGCAGAGGGUCCUGUUAUACAUUACAGUAACAACGGCUGGAAAUGCAUUAGCGUUGAUAUCCAAUGCAACACUUCAAAACAAUAGCUUCUUCUCUGCCGUUACAACACAGAAACCCCUAAUAAAUAAUAUAUCUUCUUUCUUUUCCUGUUAGAUCACGUGAAAUGAGGAUGUGCAAUAUUCAGAAGACAAUAUGACAGUAAAGGGAUAUGAGGAAGUAAAAGUGACUUGGUGGUCCGUGCAUUAUGCUGUUGGGGCGGAGACAGGUGCAAUAAAGUGACCUAUAUUCACCUGCAGACAAAAACAAUGCAAUAUUUAACACGGCCACAUGUGAUGUUGAACAUAUAUGCUUUUCUAAUUCCCUCCAAGACUGACAGAUGGCUGUGAUUUUACACUCUCUUCAAAACUAUUUAAAAGGCUUUAUUGGCAUAGAAAGUUCAAAGAUCUUUUGUAAAGUUUUAAAAAUGCAGCUGAUCAGCAGUGAGAUUCAGAAUGAAAUGCCUUCAUACCUGUUUGAAUGCUUCUGUUCUGAUUGUUUUUCUUGAUCAUGAUCUGUACAUGACAGAUUGGUUUUUGCCCUCAGGAAUACACAGCCACAUACAGUAGGUGCAUUUUUUUCAAUACAUUGAUGCAAAAUAAAAUGUGUAUGUGAAAAUGAAA